CUCAUCUCAUGUCUCCACUCGCUUGAUAUACGACACUGGGGAUUCGUGCAGAAAUAGGCAACAGCGUAGUUGUCGCCAUUUAUAUGCAUCUUCUCUGUUAAUGUCGGUGUAAAUUUAAUUUAUAGUCACUUCAAACCUGUAAGCGUCUGUGUAGUUAAGUUCCUUGAACGGAAACAAAUCACUUGAGGACUUGUGAAGAAAGCGAAUAUCUGGGAGUGUAGCAUCUGCGGCUAUCUGACAAACCUCAUCAAAUCUGUUAGCCUGUCUUUAUUGAUUUGUAUUCCUGUUUUAGGCCUUUUUCCGGUAUCACCUGGCCUGAAAGCUGUGGUCGUUUUUAUUAAAUACUUCAACAUUGACCAUAUCAUCCAAGGAAACCAAUUUUUCACGGGCUUUCGAGGCCACGGAACUACACUUUCAGCUUCUCACUCGCGAGUCGGCUAAAGUAAAAUUGAACAGUUAUUUUUAUAUUUUGGUAAGUUUGUGGACUUUUAACGCUCUACCCGAGAGCUAGAGUCCGAAACCGACCCACAUCGCUUGAGUAUUUAUCGUUUCCUUCUCGUCUGAGGAUUCUCCACCUUUGUGUUGAAAAAACGAGGUAGCGACGGUUAGCUGCUUCCGGCGAGGUGGUGACACCGCUUACAUCAGGAUAAACUAAACUCUCUGCCUCCUGCCCUUGAGGUGUGAGUGAGCCAGAAUUCUUUUUUUUGUUGUUUUUUUUGUGGCAGUUCAGGACAGGGCUGUCAGUUUUCAGUCAGCUAUGUCAGAAGAAGGAAAACAGACUGCUGCUCCCACCCCUGCGUCCACAAUGGAUGCAAAGUCUGAGUCUACAGCCUCACCACCUACCGGCCAGGGGGUUUCCUCAGUGUCUCCCCCAGUGUCCACUGUAACACAGCCUGCUCCACCGGCAACUGAGGAUGAGGAGGAGGAAAGCGAAGAUGAAUCAGAGAUUCUGGAAGAAAGCCCCUGUGGGCGCUGGCAGAAACGGAGAGAAGAGGUAAACCAGCGUAACGUACCGGGUAUCGACAAUGCUUAUCUCGCCAUGGAUACAGAGGAGGGUGUGGAGGUGGUGUGGAAUGAGGUCAUGUUUUCUGAGCGGAAGAACUUCAAACUACAGGAGGAAAAAGUGAAAGCAGUAUUUGAUAACUUAAUUCAGCUGGAGCAUGUGAAUAUAGUGAAGUUUCACAAGUACUGGGCAGAUGUGAAGGAGAACAGAGCCAGGGUUAUUUUCAUCACAGAGUAUAUGUCUUCUGGGAGCCUGAAGCAGUUUCUAAAAAAGACAAAGAAGAAUCAUAAGACCAUGAAUGAAAAGGCAUGGAAACGCUGGUGCACUCAAAUAUUAUCUGCCUUAAGCUAUCUGCAUUCAUGUGAACCUCCUAUUAUCCACGGGAACCUGACCUGUGACACCAUCUUCAUACAGCACAAUGGACUCAUAAAGAUUGGCUCAGUUGCUCCAGACACCAUUAAUAACCAUGUCAAAACAUGUCGGGAGGAACAGAAGAGUUUGCACUUCUUUGCUCCAGAGUAUGGAGCUGUUGCCACUGUCACUACAGCCGUGGACAUCUAUUCUUUUGGAAUGUGCGCCUUAGAGAUGGCUGUGCUGGAAAUCCAAAGUAAUGGAGAGUCAUCAUAUGUGUCACAAGAAGCCAUUAAUAGUGCCAUCCAGUCUCUGGAGGACCCACUUCAGAGAGAGUUUAUUCAGAAGUGUCUGGAGGUGGAUCCCAGUAAGAGGCCCACAGCCAGAGAACUGCUUUUCCACCAAGCUCUGUUUGAAGUGCCUCUCUUAAAACUCCUGGCUGCACACUGCAUCGUCAGUCACCAGCACAUGAUCCCUGAAAAUGCUUUAGAGGAAAUGACCAAGAACAUGGACCCUAACCAGGUGAUCAUGGAAAGGAAAGAGGUCCAGCUAAAACUCUCACAGUUUCCGGCCUUGGAGCUUGACAAGUUUCUUGAAGAUGUGAGGAAUGGAAUCUAUCCGCUGACUGCCUUUGGCAUGGCCUGCCCACAGCAGCCUCAGCAAGAGACUGUCAAGUCCCCCAUUGUGCCACCCUCUGUCAAGACACCUACGCCCGAGCCUGCAGAACUGGAGACCAGGAAGGUUGUACAAAUGCAGUGCAAUAUCGAGCCUGUGGAGGAAGGAGCAAAGCAUCAUCUGACCUUACUGCUAAAACUGGAAGAUAAGCUAAACCGACAUUUGAGUUGUGAUUUGGCACCAAAUGAGAAUGUACAGGAGUUGGCCGUGGAACUGGUCCAGCUUGGUUUCAUUAGCGAGGGGGAUCAGCCACGUCUCACGACCGUGCUGGAAGAGGCCUUCUCAAAAUUCUACAGCCGUAACGGUUCUUUGAAUCCUGUCACAGUUUCCUCGUAGCAGAGGGUGGAAUCUGCCAGCUCCUCUCCACCUACUUUAUCUUCAUAUGCGGGAUGGGACACUACUGCGAGCUUUGUGGGGAUGGAUCAAAAUGCCUUGAACUGAGCCUCAAUGAGAAAACGACCCCUGCACUCUGUUCUUCACACCACUUUAGGUGGUGGAAAGUAUUGGCUGAUGGUUCCCGUGUACAUUUAUUCUAUCAGUGUAGCCAUCUGCUUCUCUGUUUUAAAAGAAGGAAAAAAAAUACUCUGUUAUUAUUUAAGUCAGUAUUACAAGCUGUUUUUUUGAACAGUUUUGCUUAAUGUAUGUGUGGGAUCGGUUUCUUAUGGUUUGCACUUUAGUAAAUUGUUUUUGUUGUAUCUUUAGGCAUAUCAUGUGCAUAUUGCAUAUAUCAGUUUUCAUUUGGUUUCUGGUUCUCCCUUAAUCAUUCUUUGUCAGAGGAAUGGUUUACCAUUUUUUAAUGAGUUAUUUUCAAACUACCAAAUAGCGUAGUCUUUUCAAUUUCGUUGACUUUUAUCUACAAUGCAAGAUCUACGAAGACUGUGAAAGUAAAGGGGUUCUCAGAACACUGAAAAAAGCAAGGAGAUGAUUUAUCUAAAUGCGUAUAGGAUAUCUACUGUGGUGGCUGUUUUUUGUUUUUUCUUCUGUGAAUGUAUGCUGUAAGUUUUCAUUUGAAUGGUUUCUAAGAGAAGGGCACUUGAUUUGUCUUCUUUCCAUGUGUGUGACACAGUUAUGAGUUUCAGUAUAAAGAUAUUUUACAUCUACAAUGCACCAAACGUGUUAAUAUGUGCCUUCAACAAAGACACAAUCAGUUCAUGUUCAAAGGACCCAUAGAUAGAAAAACACAUUGUAUUAUUCUUUUUCAUUGUGCAGAUCCUGUAGUGCUUUUUGUAUAUAUAUAUAUAGCUAUCCAGCUCUCAGCUGGUUUGCAUGCUAAUAUACUGUUAUAAUUUUAUGGCACCUUUGCAGUUAUUAAAUCUACUGGGGUUUCUGGUGGUGUGUUUUUGGAUAGCAUCAUUUCAAUUCAAACAGAUUGGCUAGCAAUUUCUAUUUGCACUGUUUCAGAUCAGACAGCUUGGCUGUGUUCUUGUUACUUCAUUUAAUGUUGUCAGCAAUAAAUUUCAUAUUCACCUCAGUGGUAUAUCAACAUCAGUUACAAGCAGCUAAUUUGAAAGUGACGCAAUCAGCGUGGCAAUGAAAAAAGUCUAGUUUUCUUUGUACCAUUACAUUGUGAAGCUUGUUUCUUCCAGUUGUACUAUCCAAGAUGCUUAAUGCUUCUAAACAUUGGAAUAGAGAUGAUUCUUGGAAUACUCAAAAGCACAGCACAUCAAUGCAUUUUUGUUGUUAAUGCAAACCGGCAAAGACAAAUUAUAAGGAGUUUAAAAUGGACAAGUAUGAGUCAUUUUCUGUGGCUGUUUUGAAAGAAACAACAGGUUUUUGUUAAUCCCUAUAUUUCUUGGGAGGAUACUUUAAUGGCCAGAGCAGUCAGCUCAUCUUUGAGUGUCUAGUUUGUCUCAUGCAGAACAUUGAGAAACUCAUUACUGUUUUUGCAACUGUAAUCUUUUCAAAAUUGCACCCUUUCAUGAUAUAAAGAUAAGAUGGAGUCCUUC